AGGAAGAGCAGGAAGAGGAGGAUGGAGGCAUCGUGUGAAUGCAGCAGUAAGAAACAGUUAACCGGCUCCUGAACACCUGUCUGCCGCGCCGCUUCGCUCUGAAAGGGUGCACAGGUGAACCGGGAGUUCUUCAGGUGCGUCUCACCUGCUGCUCACAAACAGGAAGAGACUCCGGACACGCCUCUAACAGGACAAUUACACCGACGACACGAUGACGUCCCUCAGUCUUCUUCAUGUCUGUGACUGAAGAUGUGAUCCAGAAUACAAACCUCUCAUCUGCUCCACAACAACAACAACAACAACAACCUGCUGCAGCGACAUGUGGAGGAGUUUUUUCCGCUCAUUGCUGAAUGCCGGCAGCCGCUGGCGUCGUCCGUCCUGUCGGAGCUGAGGGGCAGAUGUCGGCACUUUUCUACUGAAACAUCAUCUGUUUGUUCUGUUUGUUUGUUUUCAAGUGUAACUAAAUAAAGAGGUGUUUAGAGGGUUUUUUCUGUUUUUCCCACAGUAGUGAUCAUGGGGAAGAAUUUAUUGUAAUUGACUGUAAUGAAAUGUUAAAAGGUAAGAAAGGAAGCUAAUUUUAUAUUGAAACAAAUGAAUGUCAUGAAAUGCGAAUUUGAAAAUAUAAAAUCAAAAGUGAAGUUUUAAACUGAAAAUAUUGAGGAAAAAGGAAACAUUAGAAAACAAUAAACUGUCCUUUAAAAGGAUCAUUCCACUCCGCGGUGACACUACGGGGACAUGCACCCGACUCCACGCCAACACUGUGGGGACACGCACCCGAUUCCGCUCUGACACUGUGGGGACACGCACUCAACUCUGCGCCGACACUGUGGGGACACGCAUCCGAUUCUGUGCUGACACUACGGGGACACGCACUCGACUCCACGCUGACGCUAUGGGGACAAGCAACUGACUCCACGCUGACACUGUGGGGACACGCACCCGACUCCAUGCCGACACUAUGGGGACAUGCAACCGACUCCGUGUCGACACUGUGGGGACAUGCAACCGACUCUGCGCUGACACUGUGGGGAGCAAAAGAUCUACAAAGAGCCAGUCUCACUCUCGCUUGGCCGUCGCUGCGUUGCCGUGGCGAUGUUCCGCCGCAGGAAGAAGAAGCGCAGGCCGCAGAUCUCGGCGCCGCAGGACUUCCAGCACCGCGUCCACACGUCAUUCGAUGACACCACCGGACGCUACGUGGGUCUGCCGCCACAGUGGCAGAGCGUCAUCGAGACGCUGAAGAGGCCACGACCCCUGGUGGACCCCUCCACGAUCACGGAGGUCGAACUCAGGAAGACGAUUGUUCGUGGGAGUUUUAUCGGUCAUGGCGACUACAUCUCCCACGUGAUCUCUGAGAUGAGCCGUCUGUCCGUCACCAGCUCCAACUCUCUGCGCCGCAGCAGCCCGUCGGCGCGGAAACGGGCCCGGUCGCUGGGCCGACUGGGAGAACUGGUGGAGGACGAGACGUACCAGUACGAGGAGCUCAAGCGCCGCGAGGAAGACGGGAAGACGGACGGCAGAUCAACCUACUGGCAGGACAGGAUCCGACAGGUGCGCAGCGAGAGCGGCAGCCCCAAACUUAACGGUCUACAGAGAGCCAAGUCCACCUGCGAGGUGGGUACUCGGUCCGAGGCCACGCCCCUCACACCCCCCACACUUGUGUCGCCUCAGAGGACAGGUGUGAUGGGCUCGACGGGUGUGACGGGCUCGACAGGUGUGACGCCUCAGAGGACAGGUGUGACGGGCUCAACGGGUGUGACACCUCACAGGACAGGUGUGACGGGCUCGACAGGUGUGACGGGCUCGACAGGUGUGACGCCUCGGAGGACAAGUGUGACGGGCUCGACAGGUGUGACGCCUCGGAGGACAGGUGUGGGGGGUUUGAUAAGUGGACAGUACGCCCAUAGUGAGGGCGCGGGACUAAGAGAGAGGCCAGCUUCCUGUCACUACAACCUGCAGACGGUGGAGACCGACAGCAGACCUCCCCUGAGACUGAAACCAGGUGCCCAUCGCCUGCCUGACCUGUUGGCCUUCUCCGGAGAAACUCCCAGAAGGCCUCACUCCACCUAUGACCUCAAGCUGACCUCCCCCUCCUCCCCCUCCUCCACCUCCUCCCCCUCCUCUCCCCUCCUGCUGCCCCCCCCCAACAGCACCAGCAGUCCCAUCAUCACGGGUCGACCUCAGCGCUCGCUCCGCUCUUCUUCCAGCUUCAACAGCGGAUUCUCUCCGAAAACGCCAACCCCCCUGAGCCAUCCCCGCCUCCUCCCCUCUCCCUCCCCCUUCCCCUCCCCCUCUCCCGCCUCCACCCAGCAGACGGCACCUGACGGAGGAGGGAAGGUGACUCACGAGCAGUUCAAGGCGGCGCUGCAGAUGGUGGUGGACCCGGGCGACCCGAGGACGAUUCUGGAGAACUUUGUUAAGAUCGGCGAGGGGUCCACCGGGGUGGUCUGCAUCGCCAGAGAGAGACACAGCGGGCGGCAGGUCGCCGUGAAGAUGAUGGACCUGAGGAAGCAACAGCGCCGCGAGCUGCUCUUCAACGAGGUGGUGAUCAUGAGGGACUACCGGCACCGGAACGUGGUGGAGAUGUUCCGCAGCGCUCUGGUGGGGGAGGAACUCUGGGUAAUCAUGGAGUACCUGCAGGGCGGCGCUCUCACGCACAUCGUCAGUGAAACCAGGUUGAAUGAGGAGCAGACGGCGACGGUGUGUGAAGGCGUCCUGCAGGCGUUGUCUUAUCUUCACUCUCAGGGCGUCAUUCACAGAGACAUCAAGAGCGACUCCAUCCUGCUGACACUGGACGGGAGGAUAAAACUGUCAGACUUUGGUUUCUGCGCUCAGAUCAGUAAAGACGUGCCGAAGAGGAAGUCCCUGGUCGGGACUCCGUACUGGAUGGCUCCUGAAGUGAUCUCCAAAAGGCCGUACGGGACCGAGGUGGACAUCUGGUCUCUGGGCAUCAUGGUGGUGGAGAUGGUGGAUGGAGAGCCGCCAUAUUUCAGCGACACGCCUAUCGCUGCCAUGAAGAAGCUGAGGGACGAGGCACCACCGAGCGUGAAGAACAUCCACAGGGUGUCUCCAGUGUUGAAGGACUUCCUGGGCCGCAUGCUGACUCGUGACACGCUGCAGCGCUCCGGCGCCACCGACCUGCUGGAGCAUCCGUUCCUGCUGCAGGCCAGCUCACCGCGCUGCCUGGUGCCUCUGGUGGAGCAGCACCGCAAACGCAUGUCGCUCUGCUGAAACACCUGAAACACAUGUGGGACUCAUCUGAAAACACCUGAGACAUUUGUAGCACUCACCUGAGACACAUGUGGGACUCACCUGAGACAUAUGUAGGACUCACCUGAGAAACAUGUGGGACUCACCUGAGACACAUGUGGGACUCACCUGAGACAUAUGUAGGACUCACAUGAGAAACAUGUGGGACUCACCUGAGACACAUGUAGGACUCAUCUGAGACACAUGUGGGACUCACCUGAGACACAUGUGGGACUCAUCUGAAAACACCUGAGACAUAUGUAGCACUCACCUGAGACACAUGUAGUACACACCUGAGACACAUGUGGGACUCACCUGAGACAUAUAUAGCACUCACCUGAGACACAUGUGGGACUCACCUGAGACACAUGUGGUACUCACUUGAGACCCAUGUAGCACUCACCUGAGACACAUGUAGCACUCACCUGAGACACAUGUUGUACUCACCUAAGA